AUGGGGUGGGCGGACGAAGCGGAGGAGGAGUUGGACGACUCCAUGCUCCCGUCGUACGCUUUGGAGGAAAAGAAGAACAGAAAGUCUUCGAAGGAGGAGGAAAAUGAGGAGGAGGACGUCGAGGUCAAAAAAGAUGCGGCAGAAGUUUCUUCUUCUGCGGAUGAAAAGCCAAAGUCAUUCGCGGCGUUGUUAGGCGGCGGGAACGUCUCGAAUCAUCAUCAGAAGACGGAGACAGACGAGGGGGAGGAGAACCGCGACGAGCAGACCACCAAAAGUAACAACAACAACAACAACAACAACAACGCGACGAACAGUAGUAAUAAUAACAGUAACGAAAGAGGAGGAGAAAGAGGAGACAGAAGGAAGAAAGAGUCCGGGAAGAAGCAACAACAACAACAACAACAACAACAACAAGGGUCUUCGAAACAAGGAGGAGGGAAAGGCAAUAAAGGCGGGAAAAGAGGAUCCGAUCCGAGUUCGAAUUACAACCAAGCGGAUUUACACGAAGACGAGCGAGGGUUACACAACGACGUGGAAGUUCGGAGAAGACAGUUGCAAAAGUUGAAGGUGUCGAAAUCGACGCGAGCGAAAGAUCUGGACACGUUGAUUGCGUGCGUGGAUUUAGCCGAACCGGGGACCGGGGAAGUGAAACGAGCGCUGAAGGAGUCUAUUUUUAAACCGCUCGCGCCGGCGUAUACGACGUUGAUCAAAUGGGUUGGCAAGUCUGGGAACUGUUCGAAAGCACUGGAGGUGUUCGAGUGCAUGGGGAGCGUGCACGGAGUAGAACCGAACACGUACACGUGCUCGGCGUUGUUGAACGCGCUCGGGAGGCACCGAAUGGGUCAGGAGGCCUGGGAGGUGUACGAGAUGAUGAAGGAGAAGAACAUCGAAUGCAAUAUUUUUACGUAUACGGCGUUGAUCACCGCGUUCCAAAAGAGCAGAGAACAAGACAGAGUGUAUCAAGUGUACGACGAGCUGAAAGAAUCCGGGAUUCAGAUUGAUUCGAUCACGUACGCGGCGAUGUUAGCGGCGUGCGAGAAGGGCGAAACCGGCACCGGCGAGUGCACGGAGAAAGCGCUAAGAGUUUUUGCGGAUAUGAAAAAAUCCGGAGUGGAUCCGAACCAACAGUGCUACCAGUUUUUAAUGACAUGCUGCGAAAAAGGCGGAAGAGUCGAUAAGUGCUUCGAAUUACACGGGGAAAUGGUGAAACACAAACACGUCGUGGAUAAAAAUAUCUACCAGAGCUUAAUCGCGGUGUGCGGAAAGAAAGGCAUGUGGCAAAAAGCCAUCGAAGUGUAUAAAUCUUUAAAGACGAAGAAAGAAGUAGUACAACCGUACACAAAUUGUCAAAACGAAGUGUUGUUAGCGUGCGCGAAGAGUGGUCGCGGUUUAGAGGCGUUGGCGUUGUACGAAGACGCCAGGAAGACGAACAAGCAAAUGUCCGUCACGCCGGUUGGACUUGGGUGGGUCAUCUUGGCCUGUGAACGAAGCAACAUGUGGAAGAAAAAUCUUGAAUUAAUUCCAAAGUUACCAUCGUCAGGGUUGCCAAACAAGGCGUACAUGUUGUUGAUUGGUGCGUGUACGAGAGCUGGGAAGUUUACUCAAGCGAACGAGUUGUUUGAAAAACAACGCCAAGUAUUGACGAGCGGGAUGAACAUGAACAAACCAACGGUGGAUUUGUGCGAAUUGUGGGUCACCGCAUUUCGAUGCGCGCAAAGCGAACGCGGCGAUGGGGAUACGUUAGAAAAUAGCAGCAAAGCGGCAGCGGCGGCGGCGGAAAAAAUAGUAGAUUUAGGUGCAGACCAAGUGCACGUCGGCGAAACGACCAGUAGCAACGAGAAUUGGUUCGAGCAGAAAACCGCGAAGAACUCUGUGAGAGCGUUGUGGAAGUACGCUAAAAUCGCUGCGCCAAAAGACCCUCUGACGGACCAAGACGCCAACAUUGCCGAAGUUGACUUUGUGUUUCCACCAGAAACGAGCAUCUGUAAAGCAGCCGCGGCAGCUGCGGCGAAAUGGGGUGAUUCUGACUUGAUCGAAAACAUCGUUCACCUUCGCGAGAAAUCUAACAGAGAACCCGAUCCGAUGAUUCGCGGCGCGUUGAUUGCAUCCUACGCAAAUCGUGACAAACGAGAAGAAGCGAACGAUCGUCUGAAACAGAUGAAAGUGAAACGCUUGACUCCUGGAUUUGCGACGUAUGCCGCGUUAUGCGCGGCUGCGAAUAGAGCCAAAGAUACGCCGGACGUUUUCGCCAUUUGCGAAGAGUUUACUAUUUUGUACAAAAUACAAAACCAAGCACAAGUAAGGGGCGUACCUCCCGUGGCCGUUCCGAAAGACUUUUGCGUCGCCUUAAAAGAUACGAGUGAGAGGUUAAAGUCUUGGCUGAGAGCUUUAGAGUUCUUGGAAAUUUGGAACCAGUUCCUGACGUGCGGUCCAGACGCCAAAGAGACGUACGUGUUGGCGUUGAAAGAAUCUGGAGUGAACGAGAAGGAUAUCGAGAGCAAAAUGGCUGGCGGUGGCAUCACCGGUGCCACGAAGAACAACAACGGAGCCUCUCCUUCUGCUGAAACUACUGUUCCAGCAGCGAUCGUUCCAAACAACGGCAAGACGUGGAACACCUCUUCUCCCAAUAGCGGUAACGGCAACAACGCCUCGAGUUCGAGAGGCAAGCCGGUUUCGCCGCCGUUGCCGCCGGCCCCGAUGUUGGGUGGAAGUAUGCCCAAACCGAAUAAAAUACCACCGUUACCGAACGUUGUCACGACGCCGAAGCCGUCUAAAAAGCUUUCCGCGAACGUUUCGGCGUUUGUACCGAACUCUUCGUCGCCCAAAGUCGCGCUCAAAGCCGACGCGAAGCCGUUUGUGUUCAAUCCUCCGGCGGCUCAAAAAGAGGUCGAGUCGUCGAACCACGCGGAUGAUGAUGCCGAGAAGAAGACGAAGAAGAAGAAGAAAGACGACGCUACGAAUACGGAGGACGAUUCAGACGACGACGACGCAAAUGCGACGACGUAA